UUUGGGUCAAACCGUGCGGAGAUGCUUUCAUAUUGUUAAGCCUUUCUCAUUAAACAGUCUUGUCAUUGCGAAAUACCUCCAUUAAAACUGUUAUAUUACAGAGGAACUGGCUCUACAAAAUGAGUUUAAGAAGGUGACUAUAUUGUUUGUUCUACGUUUCCUACUUUUGGUACCGUAAAGCACCCUCAGGCUGUCGCAAAACAAUGCAACAUGGCGGCCGCUAUGACAGGACGUGGGCUCGCAGUGUUUAGGAAUGUGGCGGCGCAGGUCCACUCCAGGCUGCUGGCUGCUGGCGGCUCUCAGCAGCUUGCAGGUUUCCACAGCAGCUCGUCACUGGAGGCGAGGAACUGGGACAGGAAGAACCUGCAAAUGUUCCCGCCUCAGCUGAAGGACGAACCCCGCAGACCAGCAGAGAUCCACCACUGCAGGAGGCAGAUCAAGUACAGCAAGGACAAGAUGUGGUACCUGGCAAAAAUGAUUCAAGGGAUGAGCAUUGACCAGGCCGUCGCACAGCUGGAGUUCAAUGACAAGAAAGGAGCGAAGAUCAUGAAAGAGGUGCUGCUGGAGGCUCAGGACAUGGCAGUGAAGAAUCACAAUGUGGAGUACAAGUCGAACCUGUAUGUAGCUGAGUCUUUCACUGGGAAGGGGAAGUAUCUGAAGCGGAUCCGCUACCACGGCAGAGGCAUGUUCGGCAUCAUGGACAAAGUCCACUGUCACUACUUUGUGAAGCUGGUCGAAGGACCGCCGCCCAAACCGGAGCAGAGGACGGGCUUCGACCAGGCCAAGGAGUACGUCCAGAGCCUGAAGAACCGCACCAUCAUCCACAGCCUGUAGGCGGCGCUCAUGUCAUCACUUCUCUGAUGUUCUGUAUGUGUGUGUGUGUGUGUGUGUGUGUGUGUGUGUGUGAGGGAGUGUGUCAUUUGUAAAUAAAUAAAUGAAUAAAUCAGUACUGGAAUCUUGU